GGGGUCCGACCGCAGUCAGUCGUCACUAGUGUCUCGAACUGUGAACACGUACAACUCGCUCACUCGUGGGCUUUAUUCCAUCCCUGGAUAAAAAAAGACUUAAAUUUAAAAAAUGGCGUACCACGGCCCCUCCUACGGUCUCAGCAGGGAAUGUCAGAUGAAGAGCCAGGCCAAGUUCGACAUCAACAGAGCGCGGGAGGCGUGCGACUGGGUGGAGGGCGUCACGAAGAUGCCCCUGGAGUUCCCGACGGCGGAAGGCCUCACCGACCAGCUGGCAUUCGGGCACGCCCUCAAAGACGGCAUCGCCCUCUGCACGUUGUUGAACUGCCUCCAGCCAGGCGCAGUCAAGCGAAUCAACACUAUGAAAGCGCCGUUCAAACAGAGGGAGAACUUGGAGAUGUUCCUGAAGGGGUGCGAGAGCUACGGCCUCAAGAGCCAGGACCUCUUCCAGGUGAACGACCUCUACGAGAACAAGAACCUCUACAUGGUUGUCGACUGUCUGUACGCCCUCGGUGGUCUUGCCCAGAAGAGGAGCUACGACGGCCCCGUGAUUGGCGUGAAGGUGGCGAUGGAGAACAAGAGGAAUUUCACCGAGGACAAGCUUAGAGAAUCUCAGAAGAUCAUCGGCCUCCAGUACGGCAGCAACAAGGGCGCCUCGCAGGCCGGCAUGACGGCCUACGGCACCGGCCGCCAGAUCAUCCCGGGAGAGUCUCAAAAAAUUGUAUCAAAUGAAAGUCACAAGAUCAUCGGCCUUCAGUCUGGGAGCAACAAGGGAGCAUCACAGGCAGGCAUGACCCCCUAUGGAGCGGCUCGCCAGAUUAUCCCUGAUGGUCUAAAGAAACACCAAUGAAGUCCUUAAGGAGGAUCCAUUGAGUCACCUCAGACUUUGUAUUUUUGGGAGAGAAUAAUGAGGCAUCAGUUUUUGCGCAUAUGCGAUAUGAUGAGCCAUUAUGUGUGCAGUGUGCAGGUUAAGGUCUGUAGGGAAGGUUAGGUCUCCUUCCGAGAGACCGCCUGUGUUCUCGAGUCAUCUUCAGGGGUCGUCUGGAUGUUUAUGUCAACCUGAAUAGAUCAUCUGAGCUUUCGACCAAGCAACGGGUCAUUGGUGCUGUUGUUCCUGACUUCUCUUUGUUCUAUAUUGACUUUUGUGAGGUUGAAACUUGAGAGAACCUUUAGAAUGUCAUUGUUAGUGGGAAACCAUAUUCAGAUUUGUGCUUCAACUUAUCAUAAAAUAAUUUGUGCCCUCUUUUAUGACUGAGCCCUAGUAAAAUAGCAAAUCAGCUGAAAGUGGAAGCUGGAUUAACCCUCAGGUUUUACUUGUAUGGAUAGCAUAUUGAAAAAUGAACUACUGUUUAGAUCAUGUUUCACAAUUGCAAAAUAGGGCUAAUGUAAUAUCAGAAAACCUUAGAUUGCUUUAAUACAUGGGUUCCUAUCUUGCAAAACGUUUGUCUCAUGUCAUCUUCAUACAGUCAUCUUGUGAGGUCCACAUCUGGUUACUUAGUAAUAUAACUUACUUGAAACGAUUAACAUUUCUCAUGGAAACAUGGCUAAAGGCUUUGUAUUAUCAUUUUAUUUCUGGUCAUGUUCAAUAUGUACAGUAACUUACUGACCUGCUGGAAAAUGCUGUUUGACUCCUCAAUGACAUAAAGUUGUGUUAACUGCUCCGACUGUAAAUAUUCAUGGGGAUUAUAGCAUUGUUGGAUGGCUAGUUGACACCAGAAUACAAAUUGUGAAUUGUGUUUUACACUUUCUCAUGCAUUUAGAUACCUAAAUAUCUCAAUUCACACAAUAGAUAUCCAUGUCUAGCCAUCAGCAAAGAAGGAAUUAUUUUACACAUAGAGUUAAAGUUAGAGUCUCUGCAACAGCUGUUAUGGUGGUUCAUUCCCAUGCAUAACAAUUUUUCCUUGAUUGAUAUCCUGUGAAGCUACAGAAAUGUCAAGUAUGUACUAUGUUCUUUGCUUUGCAAUACAUAGCUUGUUAGUCAUUGCUUGUAUUGUCUAAAUAUGAAGCAGGAUUUUUUAUUCCUAUUCAUAGCUAUUAGCCUGUGCUAUUGAAUUGAGAAACAUAAAAGAUGUUUAAAAGAAUUAUAAUAUUUUGUUAUCAUGGAUUACAAAUAUUUGAUACUCUGCUAAGAUUAAAAGAUAGCCAAACAUAAUGCAAAUUAUAGUCAUGUAUAUAUUGUAUAUAAUGUUACCAUCCAACAUCACCCAUCC